AGCGAGAGUCGAAACUGCUGAACGAGCCUCAUCUAGGAAGGCAGUCUCGACACCAGUACUAAAGCGGCGGCCACGCGAGUAAGGUGUGUUACGCCAACGCUCCCCAGCAUCCUGACACGCUGACUUUCACACUUUCCUGUCAGACUGACUGGACGCUGUUUCAAGACCGACACUGAAGAAUACUAAGCACUGUCAACUUCUAAUUUAUAGUUCAGUCAGCGUCGUUCGAACAUUAUUAACUUAACACCUAAAUCAACUUCAUUGAAGUCCAGCUGUGUCUGUGAAGUCGCCGUAACACACAAGUCACUGAUAUCGUCUCCAAUUCUCACCACAGCUCUCUCCCUAGUACAGCGAAGGAUGUGGCGUGUGCUGGCGUGUGUUGCCCUCAUGGCGGUGGCAGGACCUCAGGCCACCACAGGCGAGGUGUACACAUCCAUCCAGGACUUGACGGCUGUGUUUUCCUUAGAGCGGCGAGUAGUGAGCGCCCUCUCUAACUACGUGGAUGAUAUGGAGGCUAAGCUGCUGAGAAUACGCAAGUACUUGCGGGAGUACGAACAGGUGUCAGCCGAGGGCACCGUGACGGACGAGGUGACCAUGGAGAGGCUCGCAGGUAACCCUGUGCACGCCUUCCACCUCAUGAAGAGACUCACCGUGGACUGGCGGCACCUCGAGGAACAGUCAAAGGUGGACCCGUGGAUGGAUGUUAUGAACGCAAUGCGAGGCGUGGGUGGCGGGGGCGUGCGGCUGCCGAACGAGGAGGACCUGCAGGGCGCGGCGCAGGCUCUGGUUCGCCUGCACGACGUGUAUAACCUGAACACUACGCAGCUGGCGAGGGGCAAUGUGUGGGGCGUGCAGAGUGCCGCAGAGCUGACGGCGCAGGACUGUCUCUACAUGGGCAAGCACUCGUUCAAUCUGGGCCUCUACCAGCGAGCGGUGCAGUGGUUCGAGGAGGCGUAUGCUCUGGCAGGUCUCGAGGGGAACGCCACCGUCACGCAGGACCAAGUAAACGUUUUCCUGAACACUGCUAUCAAAGCGCUGGACGACAACCCUUAUGGCCAGUUGGAGAUCGGGCAGCAGGAAAACUUCAGUGCUCGCACUAGCCUGCAGGAGAAGCCCUCAGUUUCACACCGCCUUGCAACAGUCCUCACUCCACAGGAGGACGCAGCCAACUUCCAUGCACUGUGUCGCGGCCAACAGCUUCUGAGUGACGCUUACGUGGCCACCCUCAAAUGCUUCUAUGACUGGCGGGGCGACCACUACCUGCGCCUCAUGCCAGCACGCGUCGAGCGUCACCACUGGAGCCCCGAGCUGCUCACCUUCCACCAGGUCAUCUCCGACAACGAGAUCCUCAAACUGCAGCAGCUCUCUGCCCCAGCGCUGUCACGCGCCAUGGUGCAGGGGCCUCAGGGCAAGGGCAACACUGUCAGCAACACCCGCACUUCCAAGGUUGGUUGGCUGGACGACUCUCAAAACCCUCUGGUGGCGAAACUGAGUGACCGCGUCGCCAGACUCACCAGGCUGUCCACCAGUGUGACCAAUGACGACGCUGAAAUGCUGCAGGUGGCCAACUACGGCAUUGGCGGCCAUUACAAUCCCCACCACGACUAUCUCCUCGUGGAUAAGACUGAGGAGGAGCUCAACAACAUCCAUCCUCGGGAGCUUGUGUUGGGCGAUCGCAUUGCCACCUUCAUGUUCUAUCUGAGUGAUGUGACGAGAGGAGGAGCGACGGCCUUCCCACGUCUAGGCACGGCGGUGUGGCCCUCCAAGGGAUCAGCUGCCUUCUGGUAUAACCUGAAGCGGUCAGGACAGGGCUCGCAGGCCACCCUGCACGGCGCCUGUCCAGUGGUGCACGGUUCGAAAUGGGUGAGCAACAAGUGGAUUCGCGAGCGAGGACAGUUCCUGAGAAGAACGUGUGGCCUUAGCCCAGACGAGUAGUUGUCUUCGUCACUGCCACCUGCACCGUCAUCAGAUUGGUUCACGGCUCUCAGAAUACUUUUAGAUCUACGCGUUUGACCUGACCUGCAGAUACUAAAACUUGGAUGAGUGUGGGAGAUUUUCUUUUCGUCACCUUUUAUCAACAAGUUAGGUCUUUGCUACUUUUUUUUAUAUUUUCAUUUACCUUUAAUAGAUAAAAAAAACUCCGGGAUGUGCCUCACACACACUGACAGCAGUUUUGCGAGGGGACACAAUGCGCACCUGUAACUUGUCCGUGUUUAGUUUACAUGAAAGCACAACAUCUUCCUAAUUACAAGUGUGACGAAAGUAUGUUUUUUUGAUAGAAAAUAUUAAUAACUACGACUUCCCAAUUACAAGUGUGACGAAAGUAUGUUUUCUGAUAGAAAAUAUUAAUAACUACGACUUUAUUUCAUAUUGUCUUCGAUCUAUUGCUAUCAUAGCACGUGUUCUUAGGUCGAAUGAUAAGCUGGCGUUCAGCGUGCUUGUAAGGAGAGAUGGAGCAUUAAAACAUGAGUUUUGUAUGCCACAUCGCAGUUAAUUAGCAACAACAGUUUCAGAUACGUACUAUACUUGUAUAUAGAUAGGUCCCUUAAUUCUGUAUAAACAGAUCUUGCUGAAACAUAAUAAAUGUACAAGACAUACAGAAAAGUAAAUGUAGGUAAUGCCUCGCUUGUGUGUUGUGGUGGUGAAGCAGCGCUGAACGCUGAACUGCCUGAGUCCGUCCAUUUAGUCACUGAGGCUUGGUGACGUACUACGUAUACGCAACCCUAAGUAAAUAGUUUGUAUAAUGUCCGUGUUUUGUCGGUAGACUUUGGUGCCUUCCAUGUUGCCUUCGUUCACUGGGUGCUGAAGACGCGAACUUACGAAUGAUACGUUUUCAUAUUUUCUUGUUUUGUGAGUAGUGUGUGUAAAGUGUAGAAUAUGCCUUGCAAUCUCAGAAAUGGUUCAUAUUAUCGAUGUGUUGGGUUGUGUAGUGGUAAGGCACUCAUAGCUGGAAAUGAUACUUAUAAGUUAGCACAUUUAGUUUUGUAUAUAUUGUAUAUCUGACCAUUAGAUUUAGUAUCGUCUAAGUCAAUGCUUUCAGGGGCAAAUUCUUUAUAAACAUUGAUGUAUGAUUAUCUAAUAAUGUGAAGGGAUGAACAACACAACACAACACAACACAACACAACACAACACAACACACAACACAACACAACACAACACAACACAACACAACACAACACAACACAACACAACACACGA